AAAAAAAGUUGAGAAAUGCUUUUGGGGUUUUUUAAGCGAAGCUCCACCUUUUCUAGCGGUUCCGUGACCUCAGCAGUGGGCUGGAUGGUGAGGGUGGGACUUCCAGGCUUUCAGAGAGCUCCGAGUGGAUUCCUGCCCACUGACGGCUUGGACCUAUGCGGCUUCAGCGACGGCAGAGGCGGGGGACUGGUUCGUUCGUGUCCACGGACUGAGAGAGGACCACUACACGCCGGGCGUCUCUUUUUCUACAUGCGUCUACAACCRGGGAUAAAUAACCGAGGAAUGUGGAGGAUACAGAAUGCCCAACAGCGCUGGAAAGAGAUUUAAACCCACCAAAUACAUCCCGGUGUCCACUGCUGCCACACUGCUUGUGGGAUCGACCACUUUAUUCUUCGUUUUCACGUGCCCCUGGUUAACAAAGGUCAUCUCUCCUGCUGUGCCUCUCUACAAUGGCCUGGUCUUCCUCUUCGUCUUGGCCAACUUCAGCAUGGCCACCUUCAUGGACCCUGGGAUUUACCCCAGAGCCGACGAGGAUGAGGACAAGGACUUCGACCAUCACUGUCCCUGGGUGAACAACUGCAUAGGACGGCGGAACUACCGCCACUUCUUCCUCUUCCUGCUGUCAUUAAGUGUCCACAUGGUGGGAGUUUUCUCCUUCGGCCUCAUCUUCGUCCUCCACCACAGAGAGAAACUGGGAGAACUGCACACCACCGUCACCAUGGUGGUGAUGUGCAUAGCAGGGCUUUUCUUUAUUCCAGUCAUGGGUCUCACAGGUUUCCACAUGGUGCUUGUGGCUCGAGGUCGAACAACCAACGAGCAGGUGACGGGCAAGUUCCGUGGAGGAGUAAAUCCUUUCACCAAGGGUUGCUGUGGCAACGUGGAGUAUGUCUUAUGUAGUCCACAGGCACCCAGGUAUGUGUUGGAUCCCAGGAAAAAAACCCACAUCAAAAUCCAGCCCCCCUUCAUCAGACCUGACCUCUCAGACCGGCAAGUCACCAUCAAGGUCAGCGACAACGGAAUCCACAGCACAAUUAUCAACUCCAAGUCCAAAAGCAGCAUUGAUGGUCUGGACGGCAAAGAAACUCAGCCGCCGCUGCCACCCAAGGCUGAAAGGUACAACCAGCUGAAGGGCCAGCUGACUUCCAGUGAAGAAAGUUCUCUUUCUGGAAAAACCCACCCCUCCACUCCAGCCAUGUACAAAUUCAGGCCCUCCUUUGGUACCAUGCCUAAAGUCCACUACCACGCCACUGGAGAUAAGAUUGUUCUGUCCGAUGAACGAAAGAACUCAGCCAUCAUGGAAGAAGGCGUGCGCGGUCAUGACUACAAAUCGGAGCCAAACCUGGACCUGCCCGAGUACGCCAACGCUCCUCUUCACCGCACUUUCCAGUCCUCGCCUUAUCAGCUGGACUCUGAUCCCACCAACUCACGYUCCCUCAGCUUAAAGCAAGGUCACCGUCGGCUGGAGAAGGGCCAACUCCACGCACUGCCGCCCCAGACGGUCUCUUCCACCCCGUACAAGGGAGCCUUCUCGCCCAGCACCCUCUCCAACCGAAACGGCAGCCUGUCUUAUGACAGCCUGCUGAACCCCAGCAUCUCUCCAGCCAGUGCCAACGAGUGCGCGGCCCACCGCGGCAUGCCCUCCAUGGGGUUCCAUUCACCCUACCUGCCCACCAAAAUGUGCCACRUCCGGGAACCUGAAAUGYACAGGCAACAAGUUGCGCAGACCUACAGUCCGGUGAUGCCCCCCAGGGGGAGAGGCAGGCAAUCCCCUCACCUCAGAGACAGAGACCCCUCUCCUGUGCGCUACGAUAACCUCUCCCAGACCAUCAUGGCCUCCAUCCAGGAGCGAAAGGAGAUGGAGGAGAGGGAGAAGCGGCAGAUGCUGCACGGGCGCUCCCACACCCAUAUCUACGCCCAGGACUCGGGCGUGUUUGACGGAGGUUACGGUCUACCCACCCCUGCGUGCUUCCCAGACGGGUCACGUGGCCCCGUCUCAAGGGGCCCAACGCCCCCCGCCUACGGAGGCUCCAGGGACAACCUGAUGGGGGUCGGGCUGGCGAGCUAUGGACAAAGAACCCCCGUGUUACGGCACGCAGGCUCCGCUCUGGGCCGCGCCCCUCGGACUUCCUCCACCUCCCUGCACACGGAUCACAGCAGCACCAACAGCAGCCAGAGCAGGGCGCUGGGCCACGAGGGCUCUUAUCGCUCCCCGGCCCACCAGCCCCGCUCCCCCGCCGUGCCCCGCUCCCCCUCCUACUCUCAUCAGAAACUCUCCUACAUCAGUGCUCACGAGAGGACAGACUCGCCUCGGCUAGGGGGCCCAAGAGAGGCCAUGAAAGUUAAUGGGCAGAUGGACUGCCACCUGAGCACCCAGGGUGCCCCCCUCAGCCCAGGUCGUCACAGUAACGUCAAAAAGGUGACAGGUGUAGGAGGUACCACGUAUGAAAUAUCCGUGUGAACAAGGACAUCACCUCUGCCUUUAACCACACCAUCCUGCUCCAAAAAAAAAAAAACCCCUCUUCACACAGGCAGUAAGGGGCUCUUAGUCGUUUCCGUUUGACCCUCCGAUCAGACAGACUGCUCCUGUACGAACCCCUCCUGAAGGAGGAGGAGGUCAGUUAAUCACGCCACAAACUCUGCUGUAUGUGUCRUUUUAAAUCUGUGACUCGUCGUCUUGGUUAUAGGAUUGAACCGUCCAACAAAACUGUCGGUGUCUCUCAGCUCUUCGUUGCAGACGACUUGCAACAAAGUUUACUCCAGUAAAGACUGAGAGGCAAAUGAGACAAAAAAAAAAAAAAAAGCCCGCCAACAUCCUUCAUCACGGGUAAGAAGACUCCUUCCUGAGUCGGCUGACUUCAAGGUGCUUCACUUGAACUUGUACUGUUCAUGUUGUCUUUGGCACAUGCGAGGGACGUUUAUGACUGUAGGGAUGCUGACGUGGGGCGAGAAGAGAAGCUCGUGGUUAUGGAGGGGAAAGCUGUUUGGUCAAGUCUGGUGGUUGCAUUUUAAAUUCAAUGAGAAAUGCUAGCUUUAUAUUGAAAAGAGAGGCUAAAUUUAUCUUUGUUUAAAAAAAAAUAUAUAUAUUUUCUCAGGAAUUAAUGCAACCAGCAGAGCUGCUUGUUGACAUGAAUUCAUACUUUUUUUUAAUGUGUUCUUUGAUGUUGAUUACAUAUUUWUAGGGCUUGAAUGAAGCUUUUACUCUCUGGCUUUAUUCCCCUCAUAAAGAGCGGUGGGGUGGUGAACCACACACCUUUUUUCUGAGGUUCUGACCGAUACAAGAGUGAGACUGAUACAGGUCUGUUCUGGGAGACCAGAAUACCUCAUCUCAGUAUUUCUCCUAAACAAGUGCAGCCUUGCUAAACCCACACUCCACACACCUGAGAAAAAGAAGUUUAAAAAUCAUACCAUCUGAAGGAAAAAAAGUGAUGUUAAAAACACAAAAAAAGAACCAAGUUUUAGUUAUUUUACAUACAUACUCAAAAGUGAAAACAUUUUUAUUUUUUAUAAAACAUUAAGCCAGGAAUGGAUGCUACACAUUGAGAUUUUUCUCAAUUAUGAAUUAUACAUUUGGUAAACAAAUCUAAUCUAACCUACAUAAAUGUUGUGUAAAAGAAGUGAUGUAAUGAAUACUUAGAGUUAUGAAGAUAAACAUCAAAGUUGCUCUUUGGUGAGUGAAUAUCCUUUUUUUAAAGUUACAAUUGAAUACAAGUCAAUGAUUGUGCUUUUCUCUCUCUUACACACACACUCACUACCAGGAACUGGAAACAGGUGACAUCAGCGCUGAGUGAAAACUCAGUUUGAAGCAGCUGUCUGGUACAGCUCAGGUAUUAUUCAAUGACUGUUUUUUUUUYCUUUUGGCUGUUAAAUGUCCAAACAUGCUAAUUUUACCUAUUUAAUAAAGAGUUAAAAACAAGUGGACAGUGACAGAACGAGCUAAAUGUGAUAUUUAUUUGCAUUAUGUCGACACAUUUGCAUUAUGAAUAAAAACCAUUGUUGCCUUUAGAGAAGAAAAGUUGUUUCUUACGCAACAAAGUGUGUCUGAAACACUGUUAUACACUUAAGGGACAAUGUGAUAUCAUUAGUAUUUUGUAUUAAGCAGUAUGUGACUUUUGGAUUGGGUGAACUUAAAAUGUAGUUUUUGUUUAAAAUUAAAUUUUGUAAUUUACAAAAUUAUUAUUUUUUGUGUUCCAUUGUUUAAUUUCUCUAAAUCACACAGCAAUGGUGAUCGUCUCACUGUUGUCAGACUUGGAUGUUUACAACACACAGUAAAUAGAAAACAUCUGUCAAAAUGCCAGAUUUUUGUGACACAAAAAUAAUUUUGAAAUCUUUUAAUGUGACAUAGAUUUUGUACAUUUCACCUGAUACCAACAAAUGCAGGUGAAAAAUGUUUUUUUUUAAAUGCAACAAGCUGGUUAAAUAAAUGUGCACAGCUUAAACUUAAUACUUGGUUCGAAGUAUUUUUAUUACAUCCUUCCACUUUGAUUAUUUUUAUUUGUUCGGUUUCUUCUAAAAAUACGUCAAACUGCUAGGAUUUUAAUCUAGACUUUGGUGAGAGUGUCCCAAAACUUUUGAAUUUCCUUUGGUGAAGCCAUUUUUAUUAUUGUUGAUUUGGAUGUAUGUUCAGUCACUGUCAUGCUGAAACAAAUCUUUAGCUUUCUAGCAGAGACCUGAAGGUUUUAGGUCAAACUGAACAGAUUAAUUAUUUAAUCUACCUUGACUGCAGCUCUGCACUGUGAUGCUGCCACCAGGUUUUAAAGUACCAGGAGGUAUGGCAUUUCUUUGAUUUACUUAUUUGGUGGCAAAUACACCUUUCAGACUUAUGACCAAAUAAUCCUGAUAACCUGCAACCCUGCUUCACUGUCCAGACGUGGAGCUUCCUGUUGCUGCAGGCCUGGUGGCAGCCUCCCUGACCAGUUUCUGUCAGUUUUGGUGAUGAUUUCUCUACAUCUUGAUGACUGCCUUCACAUUGUUAAYGGAAAUAUAAUAGGGCUGUAAAUUACCGGCUUUAUCAUAAUGAUACAUUUUUGUUUUGAGGACAAAACGUUUAUCACCAAGUGUCAUUAAAUGAUUUCAAUUCAUUGACAAAGUCUGUGAUCAAUAUCAGAUAUCCAUAACAAUCACUUGUGUCAGACGGGCAUACAUCGAUCCAUAUCAGUCAUUAUGUGGAUCGAUGUUUUUUGUUUUACCUUGAUUUAACUGAAUCAUUUAAUCGACAUACUGAAGUGGAUAAAUGUAGUUACACCUCCAAUAUCUAAUAUUAAGCAUGUUUCCUUCCCUUGACUGAUAUCUUUUAACAAAAAGUUCAUUUUAACAUUGGAUGAAACUGAGUAAACAUCAGGAAAACCCUGCCAGAACAGCUGAAUGUCACUUCAACUGGUGGCAGCUUCUUCACACCAGAAAGCUGCAAAUUGUAUUAAAAAAAGGGUGUGCACACUUCUGUAAGCAGCUUCCUGCUUCUGUUCACCCCUUUUCUCAUAAAAAUAUAUAUAUUUUUGCUUUUCACUUGAACUGUACUUGUCACAUUAAAAGGUGGGAAGUUUUGAAAUGAUUUAUCAGGAUCAUUUUUGUGUCACAAAAACCUGCCCGUUUGAAAGGUUUGGCCUUUCACACCUGCGUUCCACUCAGCUGCCUUACUUAGUUCGUUGUAAGGCUGCAAUAAAAAGGCGUGAUGGGAAAAAUGAAUGGAACAUCUUGAAAUACCAAACUACGUCUUUGAUAUCAAUGCGUCUCUGUAAUCUGCUGGAUCACAACUCAAAAUGAAAAUCGAUGUCAUUCCUCCUUAAGAUGACUGCCAUUAGUUUGUUUCUUUUUUUAAGGAUGGAUAUCACUGCAGGUCAGGGGCCAUUCCUGACCGUUUCUGAAACAAAUGAUGUAUAAAACAGAAGACAUUCUAACUGUAUGUGUGUUCCUAUUUUUGUGAAGAAGAAAUAUUCCCAGUGAACUGAGCAAACUAAAUAAAACUUUCCAACUUUGA